UGGUGACCUGCCAUGGAAAAUGCUGGGUCCCAAUGCCCAAGUGACUGUAGCUGUGGUUCAGCCAGGACCUGACCAUUUAGAUCACCUGUUUUCAGACAUGCAACACUGUCAACAUAGCACAUCUCAGUUCAGACCAGCCACCUUUCAAGGCCUCAAUAACCGCAGUUCCUGUGGGUCAGCAGCCUGGACACAGCUUACCUGGGUCCACUGCUCGGGAGGAUCUCACAAGGCUUCAAUCAAGAUGUCAGCCCAGUCUGUGGUCUCCACUGAGGCUCCAAGGGAAAGACCCUGCUUCCAAGCUCACCUAAGUUGUUUGCAAAAUUUGGUUCUUCGCAACUGUAGAAUGGAGGGCUUCAGUUUAUUUCUAGCUAUGCGGUGGGGCGGGGUGAGGGAGCUGCCCUCAGAUCCUAGAGGUCACCCACAAUUCCUUGCCCCUUGUCUAUGCUGCACAGAGGCGGCCCACGCAUUUCAGCUUGCUUUGCCAAAGCCAGCAACGAAAGACUCCAGCAAGACACAUUCUAUCAUCUUAUGUAUGCAAUCCUGUGCAGGCAAUCACGGACAUGUCCAUCACAUACGUAACCACGUCCACUCCAUCACCUUUGCUGUAUUCUUUUGGCCCACUCAAAGGGUGUGGACUAGUUAGGGCGUGAGAAUCAGCCCUCUUAAGUCAGCCUUCGCUAUUUCAUGUGCCAGCUUUCUAGAAUAUUGAUCCUUUUGGUAUUUUAAGUCAUAUCUGCUGUCAUUGGAAAUCCUCUUUGAAGUAGAAAGGACAGAGCUCACAAAAUAUAAACCGCACCACUAUUCCUGCCUGUCAUUUAGACGUUUGCCAGGGUAGCAGGUUGAUUUCAGUCUUUUCACGGAGUUUACUCUUUGAUAUGAUGAUAUCUUUACCCCCAUAAUUAAUUUUAUUUUUAUUUUUGAGACAUGGUCUCAUUCUGUUACUCAGGCUGUAGUGCAGUGGUGCGAUCUCGGCUCACUGCAAGCUCAACCAGCCCAGGUUCAAGAGAUCCUCCCACCUCAGCUUCCUGGGACCACCCCAGUGGGACCACUGGCGCAAACCACCAUGCCCAGCUAAUUUUUAAAAAUUCUUUGUAGAGAGGGGGUUUCACUAUGUUGCUCAAGCUGGUCUCAAAUUCCUGGGCUCAAGCGAUCCGCUUGCUUCCUACUCCUUUGGGAUUCCACAAAGUGCUGAGAUUACACGUGUGAGCCACCACGCUUGCCCCCUGCAUAAUUAAUUUUAAAUUAAUCUCCACAUUUCAUUCUCUUGGGCUAGAUUUCGGGGGAGGGGCCUAAUUUAGAUGGCGUGUGCCCCAUUGGGUGAAUCAAAUAAAAGCAUAGCUGCCCUGGCAUGGAUCUGUGAACAAAAGUUCUCUGAAAAGAAAUUUGGAAGAAAGACUUCAUUCAGGAACAGUUCACAAGCUUUCUGUGUAAACCAGUUACUUUCCAGAGAACAAAGGGAGGGUCCUGGUUUUAUACUAAAAGUUCACGCUCAGGUUCCCAAUCAGGUCCAUUUUAUGCAAAUGAAGGCUUUAAAUUUGCUUAGUUCUGAUUGGUUGAUGCAGCUGCAUUCUGACUAGUGGAUAGAACUGAGUCCUAAUUGGUUCUUUCAGAUGAGCUCUGAUUGGCUGCUUUAGGUGAGCUCUGAAAGCCCGAGUUAAACUAAGGUUGGGGUUUCCAG